AUGGCGAUAAAUGCCAGCAACGUGCAAGCAUUCCAGAUGCAAGGACGCUCGUUGGAUACCCUGACCACGGGCAAUCCCCCUCUCGAUCAAAAGAAGUCAUCACGGUGUGAUGCACCGACGAUCGAGGGUCAAAAGCACUCCCGGAACGCGAUUGACCGGAAGAGGAAGCCCGCAGGCUCUGCUCUGGCAAAUGCUCCUCCUCGCUCCAAGCGGGUUCGAUUCAAACAGCACGAGCAGAACCAAGGCGCCGUAGCUGCCUCUCGAGCCUCUGAUGGAAGCGCGUUGUCACGUCUCCCAGUGGAGAUUUGGCAUCACAUCUUCUCCUUCAUUCCUCCUCUCACCCUUGGUUGCUUGUUGUCGGUCAACAAACUCUUCAACAGCUGCUUGGAUCCCUCGUCAAAGUUCGGAUCAGGGUCUCAAUCUCUUGCCGGUGACCCUUGUGCUCUACCUCCUUUGAGGCCCGACGCUAUCUGGCAAGCGUCACGGCGUCGGUACUGGCCGGAGAUGCCAGCACCUCUCAAGGGCAGAUCAGAGCUGGAAAUGUGGCGCAUUUGCUGUUCGCGGGUUUGCCAAUUCUGCAACCUGAGCGAACAACCCGACAUGCAUGAUGUGCGGGCUGGUUCGAAUCGAGGACCAGGCCCCAAAGGCGUUGCUGUCGUCUUUCCUUUCUUCAUUGUUUCGUGUGGUCAAUGUCUGCUCGAAAGAAGUGUACAGGAGCUUGAUAUUUUCCUUGCAUCUUCGAUGCCAAUUAUCCUCCUUUCAGGACUUCCAAUGGUUUUCCUUACCCAAGAGAACUGUAUCAUUCCCCCGCAUCUACUGUCUUCAGCAUCGGACCCAUUUCAAACCCAACCUGUCAAGGUGUUCUGGAAUGAACAUUUGGAGAAAAUGAAGAGUGCCUUUGAAGUGGUCAAGGGCCUCGGGUCUCCUGUAGCAGAAGAGUGGGUCAAGGGGCUGGGGGCUGACGGGAAAAGUCUUCUCAGUGAUGCUUCUAGAUGGGAGAAGUGGUACUUCGCCGGUGGUGUGAACCGGAUGCGAAAAGCUCGGCAUGGAGCCUCAUCGCACAGGCCAGUUUCGGCUCAGCAUGGGGGCCAACCGAUACUUGUAGCGAAACCUCGAAACUUGCCGAAAGGCGGCAAUGGUUCGGAAAAGUCCAAACUCGUCCUCGCAGAUGUUGACGGACCAACAGGCAGCUUGUACAGGGCCACACCACGCAAUUCGAGCCCCCAGCAAACUGUUGAGUCACGGCGUUGCAGCAAACGGCUACAGUCUACAUGUCAAUCGAAAGAUGGGCAGCAUACCAACAUGGAGCCCAAGAGGGUAGAAAAAGAGGCAGAUUUCGUGGGCCUUCAACCACGUGUGGAAGCUGCGGUGGUGUCAAAUGCCCAAAGCUGUGAAACCGGUAGCGGUAAGCUGGCGGGUGCCGAAAGGGGCGAGACUCAAGGACCGCUCAAAGCAGAGAUAUCUGCCUACGCUGAUGAAAUUAUCAGAGACGAAUGGAAGAAUGGCGAUGCAGUGACCGGGAAAACGGCACCACAAUUUGCCGCCGAUGUCUUGCUCUACGUACGGAAGAGAUUCUACGCAGCGACGUCGCCAAAGGUCAAUUCGGGAAAGGCGUUGGGAAAAGCACCAGCCGGGAAACCUCCAGGAGGUCUUCGGGCGCAAAAACUAACCCUGGAACACAUGAGGUGGAUCUUCGAUGCCAAGAUUGAGCCACGUGUAGCGUGCCUUCGAAAAGAUCUCUUCCUCUGCAGCAAGUGUCAGGGAACGAAGUUGUAUGGCUUUAAAUCCGUGGUGCAACACUACGCUGCUAAACACACAACUACGUUGAGCGCCGGAAAUGUGGUCGUAAACUGGAGAGCUGCGUGGCCGCAGCUUUCAAUAUUUGAUCCGCGUCCAGGAGAUCACGCCUCAUCUUGGUCGAAGCCUAAAGCACCGAAGUCGACCAACACCAAGCCCAAAUCUGCGCCUAGGGUCUCGCUGACUUCAGCACCCGCUGACCCUCGUUCAGUCAGUACGCAUCACUUUCGCGAGGCUGGAACGUACAGUCAACCCAGCAAUCAAACCGCCUCGAUUUCCCACAGUGCAAGCUUUGGGCCGCCUGCUACACCUAUCAAGUCGUCCUGUUCAUCACCACACCCACACGAACAAGAGGGGCUUUAUUCACACCCGCCGGUUCUGUCUGGGCCGCUGGCAACGCAGGAAGACCUUGUCAGCAGAGUUGCCCGAGAUGUAUGGGACAAAAUGGGUUCUCUUGUUUCUCUCCAACGCGGCUAUGAAGACAUCAAAUUGUGUGUCGUUAUCCAUCAUGUUUCCAAGAGCCUCGAGCAGCAAUGCGACGAGGCCAGGCAGUUGAAAGUUUUCAUGAUGGGAUUAAGACGGCAAGACCUCUUGAUACCGCUCCGCUCGGUCGGCGGCUUAUCCUGCAAGACUUGCAGGGAAAGCAACCCUGCUGCCCGACACAGGAAGAUGGGCAUUCUGAAGCUCUCUCAACAUUUCAUCAACAAACACCAUGGCGGACAAGCCAAGCAGCCAACAGGAAAACAGCUUGAUUGGCGUGUAGACAUGAUUUGGCUUCCGAAAUACCCGGCCAUGAAGCAGCUGCCUGCCUUGAUACGCCACGAUAAAGUACUGUCUGGCCUGAUCCACGCCGCUCUUCCAUGGAUAUUUGGGAACGAAGCUCGCGCGCAGGAACCCUGCUCUCUGGACGUUGCUCCUAUUUCUCGACAAGUAGCUCAUGAAGGACAACGACAUCCCAGCUCUGCACCGGCAAAUGAAGUCUCCGAACCUUCAUAUAUCGGCUGUUCAACUGCCCCGAGCCUCAACGCAGAGGGGUUCGAAACCAGUGCGCGACCUGCAUCUCUCCCAAGCAAGGUACGGAUUCCAGAACUGCACCACGGCAACAGUGGCCACGACAUUCCUCCCAACUCUGGCGUCAUUGAUCCGUCGGGAAAUCAAAGGAACACUUUUGUCGGGAGACAGUACCCUCUGGGCCCCGGCGACAUGUACAGUCACCAUGACCGUCCAUGGCCCCAACCUGUAUACCAACCACCGCAGCCAUGGGACCAUCCGGCCUAUCCCAACCAUCAAGCCCAAUCAUUCCCGCCCGCAGAGGGUUUUGAAACGAGGCAAGUUUCCGACCCUCGCGGUCAUUACCUCGUACGAAGACCUGUUGGCGGCGUCGCUCUCCAUGGCCACUACGACCCCCGCCGUCGAGAAGCCUACAGACAUUAUGAACAGUUCCCCGCGCACAACCACCAGGCCAGUGACGUCUUUCCACCCCCCGCAAGGGCCUCCUCUCGCUUGGCCUCUGACUACGAGGAAUACGAUCCUCGAACCCCAGCCCCUCAUCCCUGGUGGUGCUGA